GCUGAACUGGAUGAACACAGGAGUCGGGCUGGCUUCCACGGUUACCAAAUACACAUGCGAUUCAGAGCCUGGUCGGUUGUACCUGUGGAUGGGACGACCGUGACGACCCCCAGAUGCCGUCUCCUCCCUAGGGACACGGACGGCGGCAUUGCCAUCUUUGGCAGCAUAUUGCCCUCAGUUCUGAGACUCAUAAGUUUUCGAGCAAUUUUGGCCCGAUUGUCCUUUUCCAUCUUCACUGCCAUGCCCAGUCCAAGAGGAGGGAAAGAACUGAUUGAGUCGGCGCGACAGCGGCAUGUUUGCUGGGAGACGGUGCUUCAGAAACUUGAGGGAGAGUCAGCUCUCUGGCAUUCGACGGACGAAGAUCGAAGGUUGUUCAUUGCUGCAUUUCGCGGCACUAUCAGGCGCAGGGCACUUCGCCAGCCGGUGGCUGGCCGUCGGUAUGCCGCCAGAUGUGUGCUCUGCGAGCGGACAGACGCCUCUGAUGUGGGGCGUCACGAAGGGUCAUGUCGCUGUCUGCAGGGUGCUGCUGGAUGCCCGCGCAGAUCCUGGGCACCAGGACAAACAAGGUGUCACACCGUUUGUCUUGGCAGCUCAGCAUCAGCAGCACGGACCGUUUCUCCUCUUGACCAGCCGUGUGCUACCCGAGAAGCUUCUCGGGGAGCGCGAUGCAACGGGUUGCCAAGCGGCGCACUGGGCAGCCUAUCUGGGCAAUUUGGACAGCCUGCGGUUGCUUGCUUACUUUAAGGCCAACUUUUCAGUUGUGGACGACACUGGGUGCACACCGUUGCAUCGAGCUAUCAUGAACAAGCAGACUGCGGUUUUUGGUUUUCUCUUGGGCAAUAAGGCAGACCCUGCGCUUCUAGAUAACAAAGGAAAGUCUUGCAUGGAUAUCGCGAAGCAGCAUAACGAUCAACGCACUCGCCGAGUGUUGGAGAAGUUGUUGGACUCGAGGCGCGUCAGUAUUCUGGAGGCUUGCAAACAGUUCCUGUUUGUACGCAAGUACAUGCUAUUUUGGUGGCUCUCCGUUACAUUGUGUGUUUCUCAGUAUUUCUAUGUGCUGCGAGAUUACGGCCUGAGUAAACUUUCUUUCUCUGUUUUGCUCUACGAUAUAUGCUUGCCGAUCAUGCUGGUCUCUUUCGUGUGUUCAUCCGUGCUAGAUCCAGGAACAAUGCCAGCUCGGUUAGAGCAGUUUUCAGGCGUGGAGGAUGUCAUGGCUGCUUUCAAUAAUCAUGACAUUAUAAGUGCGGCCGCAAACUUAGAGCGACUGUGUUUCAGUACUUGGGUCAUUAAAGGGCUUCGCACCAAAUACAGCUCAUCGGCUGGACUAUGUGUUGAUGAAUUUGACCAUUUUUGUGUAUGGAUGAAUUCACCAAUCGGCCGCGGUAACCAUCGAGUAUUUUUCUUCCAUGCCUAUGCUCAAUUUCUGGUUCUGUGGUGCCACUUCCAUCUUUGUUUCAGCUGGGCAGUUUCGCUGGCCGGGGAUGUAGCAAAUCAGAACGUGGUAUCUUCUAUGCCGUACUUGUCAUUGGCAAGGGGCUAUCCUUUGCUUGCUGCAUCCUCGCUGGUUUCUUGGCUUGCUCUGCUGUUCGUUGGGAGCCUUGUCGUGAAUCAGACAUUGGGCAUACUCCUCAACAUGACAACGAACGAGUUUAUCAAUCUCGAGCGAUAUAAGCAUUUCUGGGAGGCGCCUGGACAGACAAACGCAGGUGAAUGUCGUGUCUUCACGAACCCGUUCGACAAAGGCUCGUUCUGGCUGAACUGGCUGGACUUCUGGUGUGUGCGACGGCGGCGUGAGACGGGGCCGCAGAGAGCGACGCGCAGCGUGCCCUGGACUCUGUGGUGCGUGCGCUCGGGCCUGGUGCUGCAGACGCGGUGGGGGCAAUGCAAGCGGGACGCUGUGCUCUCUGCGAGGGCGCUCGUGCUCCGACCGAGAAAGCGAGCCUCUGAGCAUCUGCCCUGAGCGCCGGCUGGCGCUGGUCAUUUCUGCGAUGCGCUCGCGAAGGUAGAGUUGGCACACAACGCAAUAUCAUCGGCUGCAUUCACCCUCAUCCGCUCCCACCUCAUCAUGACCCCGACCACGACCCAUGCAUGCAGUAUCAGCAUUUGCCUCAUCGUCCGCGUCGGUGUCAGCAUCAGCAGC